AUGGCUGAGAAGGACAAGCAUCAUUUAAAAAUGCAUGGUCAGCUUCGGCGCACACGAAGUGCACCACCGAUUUUACCACCUCAGGUUGCCAGGAGCGGAAGGGAAGAACCGCCGGGGGUGCGUGCUGUUGGACAACCACAUAGGCGCACUAGGAGUGCACCUACGGGUAUCGGGGAGCCUCAAGGUAGUUUUGGAAUCAAAGGAGAUGAGCUGCAGGGCGUCGGUGGUUCUGGGAUUACUAGACAGGAAGUGCCUUCAUUUACAGCCGAGAUCGGACCUGCAUCUGAAGCUCCUUCAGAGUCUGAGAUGGUGGAACAAGAGCUUCAUGCACAUGCUAUUACCAUUCCUCUUGAUCCGAUUACAUCAAGUGCUCCCAUGCCACCUAGAUGUGGUGAAAUGAAGGAUAUCAUUCACCCGAAUAGAUUGCUCGAACUGCUAGCAUUAUUAGGUGGAGGAACAAUUGGCUAUGCAGUGAAUAUUACAGGAGGCAUCCUUGAGAACGCGAUUUUCUUAGAUAAAUUUUCUCGCUACUACAUAAAGAAGAAUGAAGCGAAAAUUACGAAUUUCUGCAAGUUUUCAGAUUUUGGAUUCCUCCUGAUUUCAUCCCUUAUCCCUCUUUCUGCUGCCAUUUCAGUGUGGGCAGCUCUAAAGUUAAGUAGUAAGUGGGGUAGGAAGCCAGUGCUCAUAAUAGGGCUUCUUGUUAUGCUUGUUGGAGACUGUUGCCUCGUGGUGCCCUCACCUGCUUUUCUUCUGAUACUGGGCCUUGUUUCGGUAGGGAUUGGACUUGGUUUUAUCUUUCAGGAUAUUCCGACUAUCUUAUCAGAAUUAGCCCCAGACGAAACUAAAACGAAAUUGAAUGUCUUGUUUGGCUACCAGGAUAGGUUAAGAGCUAAAGUUGUCAUGAGAAGGUAUCGUGAUCCGAAGGUUACAGAUGUCGAUGUGGAAUUUUACCAGCUUGAAAUUGCCAUUGAGAAUGAGGCACCCAAAAGUCCUAUCAGAGAGUUACUAAGUUAUCAAAACUUACCAACUCUAGUUAUCAAAACAGUGGCACAAGUGUUACCACAGAUGCUAGGAGUUUCCCCAUUGACGUACUUUGGGCCACUAGUUUCGACAUCCCUAUCUUCAAACUCUCAUAUUAGCGUCAUUGCACUAGCUGUUGGUGGAGCUCUGGGAUUGUUAGUCACGCUGAUUGCAUCUUAUUUUUUACUGAGAGUUAAACUGAGAAGAUUGGCUCUCAUUUCCUCUUUUUCCAUCUUAGGAUCACAGCUAGUAUUGUGGACGGUUUUUUCCUUGGAUGUGAGUCCAACAAAAAAUUUGACAAAGAUUGAUGCCUCCAUUACAGCAGGGUCGUUAGUUGUCAGCUAUGCUGCUUAUAAUGUAUUAACAAAUCCUCAUGGCUGGAUAAACAGCUCAAUCACAGGGGCUGGUAGUGCACUAGGAGCUGCAUGGCUGACUAGUCUUAGUUUAUUGAUGACCGUUAUCAUGAGCGAGGCAUCCAUUAAUUUACUCUGUGUGGUCCAAUCGUGGAUUUUCUUUUGUACCAGUGUUGUGGCAUUUCUUCUAGCAUGCUUCAUCUUCUUUUUAGUGCCAGAGACUGCUAAUGUCAAAGAACAUAGCAUGGUGAGCACUGUAUGGAUGGUACACUGGCUUUGGAAGAGAUGCAUGAAGAAAGAAGACAAGCCUUUUGGACCUGAACAUUUCAAGAAGCACCGAGGAAAUGUCUAA